CGCCUACGACGGUUAGUUUUCCAUGGAAAAUCGUGGCAACGUCGCACGCAUCGCGACAUCGCCCAAUAUGGGACAGUGGAGACUUUCUCUGGUCAUUCUGGCUUCGGCGUACUUGGGCCUCGCGCUAGCAGAUUGUCCGGACGCGGACAGCCUGAGGCCGUGCACGUGCGACCAUGAUGGCGUGAAUUGCAUGCGUGCCCUAAGCACGGCUCAGCUGAGACAGUCCUUCAGGAGUGGGGACGCGAUAACCAGAGAGCAGAAGGAGCUGUGGAUCCAGAAGACUCCCAUCACGUCGUUCCCGAGCGACGUGCUUGGAAACUUCAAGUUCGGCGAGGUCCACGUGGAGCUCAACGCUAACCUGAGCUCCUUCACUUUGGACGCUCUCAUGAACUUUAACCGGCUCCUAAGCGUCCUAAGCGUGUACGGCAAUAGCCUGCAGACGUUCGAAUUUAAUAAGCUGCAACGUUUCCCAUUCCUGGAGACUCUCAACGUGGGCGGAAAUCAACUGUCCAGCAUCCCGGCGAACGCUUUCCGUAGCACGAGCCUGCGCAAGCUCGUGCUGACGGGCAACCCGAUAACUUUCAUCGGGCCGAGGGCGUUCUUCAGCCUCUCCAGACUCGAGGAUCUGCUUCUCAGCCGCACUAGACUCACGACGCUGGGACCACACUCGCUCUCAAUACAGCGCGCACCUCCACAGCUCAAGAUUCACGUCACUGCUGCUCGGAUCAGCACCAUUCACCCUACCGCUUUCGGCUCUACGUCUCCGUUUGUGAUGAACCUGUCUUUCAACAACCUGACCACGCUGGAACGGCACCCCUUCGAACCCCUCGUCAAACGCAUGUUACGCAAUGGCAGGCGACUGAAGAACGUGCCGCUCUUGGGCAUCGAAGGAAAUCCCCUCACCUGCCGUGGCUGCUCGUACGAGUGGCUCAUCCCGUACAGUUUAAGCACGCAGAUGCAGAGCGUUCUUCGGGAAUUCCGGUGUCCAGACGGUUCGGGCCUGUCGAGUAUAGGCGCUCACAAAAUCACCUGCAAGCCUUUGUGGAACUACUUGAACAUCGGUUAACGAGUUUAAAGUACGCACAUAAAUUGCCUUGAAAGUUAUUUAAACAUAGACGUCA